AUGGAGGGCCCUUUGUUUCAUCAAAAGCAUAUGCAAGCGUUAGAGUUACACAGAGUUCUCCGUCAAGCUGAAACGCGGCAAAGCGGCUUAAAUCUUCUCUCUCCUUUGCAGUCGAACCGCAACUUCCAAGAAUAUCACAGCCAGGCAAAACAACUUUUCCGAAAACUCGGGGAACACUCACCGACACGCUGUUCUGUAGAAGCCGGACCAAUGACUUUCCAUUACUUGAUCAGCCAAGGCGUUUGCUACCUGACGCUCUGUGAAGCCGGGCAGCCCAAGAAGCUGGCCUUCGCCUACCUGGAGGAGCUGCACGCGGAGUUUUGGGAGCUGUAUGGGAAGAAGGUGCCGUUGGUGUCGAGGCCUUAUGCCUUCAUUGAAUUUGACACGUACAUCCAGAAGCUGAAGAAGUCCUACCAGGACAGCUGGUCGAAGCGUCACCUGAGCAGCAUCAACCUGGAGCUGCAAGAUGUCCAGAAGAUCAUGGUGACCAACAUUGAGGAGGUCCUCCAGAGGGGAGAGACCUUGUCAGCUCUGGAUUCCAAGGCCAGCAACCUGUCGACGCUCUCCAAGAAAUACCGCCAUGACGCCAAGCUCCUCAACAGCCGCUCCGCUUACGCCAAAGCUGCCGCCACCAGUCUGGUCUUUGUGGUGAUCAUGCUCUACAUCCGCUUCUGGUGGCUGGUGUGAUCGGCCCCCCUCUCGCUUCUUCUCUGACAUCUCUUCAGGCCUGCCUUCUAGGGGUGUGUGAAGAAAAAAGGGGGCUGUCUUUCUUCCUCCUGUCUCACUCAAGACUGAACCAGGACGGACCUGUUGCUGGAGAAACAGGAACUUCCAAAGGAUCCUGGGCUGUUCCUCACGUCACGAAGAGACCUUUAUUGUUGUUAUGGUUAUUAUUUUAUUUGACAUGGAACUCUGUCCACUUGAUGGCCAGACCUGAAGUGAUUCUUGUUCGUAAAUUUAGUACUAUGGUUAUUUAUAAAUGUUAACAAUAUGAUUUUGCUUUUAGUGUGUAAAGAAGUGUCUUACAAUUUUGCUUUUAGUGUCUUACACUUUCCUCUGCCAGCAGUUAAAUUGAGGGGGCGGGGAGGUGGUAUAGGAGAGAAGAGGAGCACAUUUCCUGAAAAACCUCAAAAACAGUCUUGUAGGAAUGUGUGAUUUUGGUUCUGGAAGGGCAGCAUGACAACAUGAAUUCAACAGGUAACUUUCCCGUUCUUUUAGCUCCAUGUCCAAACAAGCUGCAUCUGUUGAAUUUCUGCCUGCCUUACAGCUGUCACAGGCAUUGCCAAAAAGAAUACAAGCAAUCCCAGGUUUGUCCUUGGGCAUGAGCCGUUAUAGCCCGCCUGCACCGAUUGAGCUAUGUAAGGUGGGACCUUCAGGGUCAUUCAACCAAUCAAGUUCACUACCUGCUUGGACUAGCAAGAAACAGGCGGAGUUUACCGUGCCCUGAUAUACAGCCGGGCAUUCUCGUUUGGCUGUGGAGCUACCUUGCUGGGUUUUUCCCCAGCACCAAGUUGCCUCUGUUGAACACCUGUCUGCCAUGCAGAAGUUUGAUGUGUAUUUCAGCCCUGCCUAAAUAAAGGCUGUGGGCCGGAGAGAAGCUUGGCUCUAUCAGUACACGACUCUGGUGUGUUGAUGUUUACUGUACAAGUGGAUACUUUUUCAAUAAAUUUCAUUUUUCAUGAA